UCAUUGCGUUCAGCCAACCACAUUGAAGCUGUGCUGUCACAGGGGCGGCCUAAAGAGGAAGGAAUUCACAGUAAUUGAAACUGAAACUAUAACCAGCUCUGAGAGCUGAAGCUAACGUCUGCACUCUACGCUAGGCUUUCAAGGAAAGCACCGCACAGUCUGUGAGGAUGAGCUAUCUAAAGCCACGAAUUAUUCCUUGGCUGGAGCAGCAGAUCACCAGCCAGAAGUAUCCAGGUCUCAAAUGGACCAACCCGGAGCGGACACUGUUCCAGAUACCAUGGAAACAUGGCCUGAGACAGGAUAGAUCAGAGGACGAUGUGAAAAUAUUUGAGGCGUGGGCAAUUGCCAGUGGUAGUUAUGACCCCGAGAAAGAUGUAGCUAACCCAGCGGUAUGGAAAAGGAAUUUUCGCUCUGCUCUUAACCGAAAAAGUGAGAUCCGUGUGGUCCAGGAUAAAAGCUCAGAUUCUAACAACCCACAUAAAAUCUAUGAGUUCAACAGAGGGAACAUAUCCACUGGUGAUAUCACGCCUGAAGAUUUGUAUUGCGGUGACAGUAUCAGUCCAUCUUCUCAACUACCUCCAUUCAAUAGCCCAAGGAGCCAGCCCACUGUGGACAGAAAUCUUUCACAGGACAUAAACCAGAUGCGGAUUUCUAACAACGAAGACGACUUGUAUCUCGCUCCUGAAGAUCUGCCAAGCUCGGUGCCAGCAUCGGCACAGGACUGGUACAAUAACAUCUCCUCCCCAGACGUGUUUUUAGCUGGAGCUAGCCCAGUAUGCCCUGAUAUUCCUCCCUAUGUACCCUACCAGGAUAAUACCGGACAAGUUCAGAGUACAUCUCAAGAGCAGGUGGUUGCUGUCCAACAAGACCUGCUCAACCAGUUUUUCCGUAACAAUAUAUUUGAAACAGAGUUUGAAGUAAAGAUUUAUUACCGGGGAAUUCUGGUGAAGAAAAGUUUGGUGAGAAACCCCUGUGGCUUCCACCUCACUUCAAGGCAACAAACAAACCCAGAAAGCUAUUUAGAGGAAGUGACUCUGCCAUCACCUUCCUUAAUCUCUGACUUCAAAGUAGCUGCUGAAAUAAACAAACUUCUAGAGAAUCUGGAACAAGGAACUCUGGUGGAGGUACAUAAUGGAGCCAUCUGUGCCAAGAGACAGGGGAAAUGCAGGAGUUUUUGGAGUAUGACAGAAACGCCAACAACGGACCAGCCCAAUCCAAUAAGCAAAGAGUCCUACUCCGAGCUGUACAAGUUUCAGCAGUUUGUGAAAGAGCUGAUUGAGUUCAUAGAACAGAAGAGGACAGAAUCUCCACAAUACGACAUCUGGAUUUGUCUAGGAGAAAUGUGGCCUGAUAGUAAACCAUGGAAGAAGAAGUUCAUUAUGGUGCAAGUUACGCCAAUAUCAAUGCAAAUGCUGCAUGAGCUGAGUUACAGCACCGGAGCCUCAUCACUACGUAGCAGCGAGGUCAACCUGCAAAUCUCUGACUCACUGUCCUCCUCUCUGCGUAGCACAAAUGAUCUGCUGAAUCUCCUAAAAGAGUUUGAGGAACGGAUGGACUGCGUUUAGCAGACAAAGCAGAACUCCUUAGGCCUUU